AACCGCGCUCACUAACUCAAAAACCCUCGAUUUCUGAAAGAAGAGUGAGGGAAACGAAUCGAAUCCUACUCCUUCCUUCAAAAAUUUCAUCUUCUUCCCCUCAAUCUCUGAGCCAACUCAACAUUGCUCUGCAUUUCGGAUCUCAGUUCAAUGGAAGACAACGAAACCAAGAAAAGCGAGGUUGAGGUUGAAGUCGAUGGCCUCGGUCUAAUUGAUGUCGCUUCUGAAGACGAUAGCCUUCUCUUCUCUUCGUUCCCCGACCCAAACAACUUCGAGUUUUCCGUGACGGAUAAGGAUGAGAAAUGUUUGAAGGAUGACAAAGAUCUGGAUUUUAUGAGGGAUACAGAAUACUGUGAUGACGAAGAAGAGGUACUGGUAUCUUCUAUUGAAGAGAAGGAAGAGGUGCUUCAACCUCACGAGUCUCCUGAACCUGAGAAAGUGAUGAAGAAAGGAAAGUAUAAUUUGCGCAAAAGUCUUGCCUGGGACAAUGCCUUCUUCACCAACGAAGGUGUUUUGGAACCUGAGGAGAUAUCUAGCAUGAUGGAGAGCAAUCAUAAGAGUGGAAAGAAAGCUUUACCGACUAUUCAAGAAGAUGUUAAUAGAUCAACCGAAUCCAUUUCAACAUUUCGAAGUGACUGUACAGUGGAAAACAGUCAGGAGUUUGUCUUGUUUGAAGAUGUAAGAGCGUCUAUUCAAAGGUCUGCUAUAGCAUCUGAUGCUGCAACACCUGGUAAAAUUAAUGAACUGGGAGCAACAGAAGUAGCAACUAGCCCAAAUACGGGGGAUGUACUUGCCUCUCAGGAACAGACUAAACCCAAAGCCAGUCUUAGAAAUCAGAGUGCUAGAACACAAGGGCUAGGGAAGGCAACAAAACAGCCUGUUGCUCCAAAGGGUCUAAGUACAUCUAUUUCCAAGCCACCCAACGGACUCAGCAAAGGCAGGCCCUUGUCAACAACAUCAACGAAUAAGGCAUCAUUAGAUAUAAGCAAAACCAAACAAGAAAAGAAUUCCAAGUUACCUGCGGGUAAGGAGCCUCUGGUCCCCAGAAUACCCAUUUCACGACGUGCUAAAACAGUCUUGCCAAAACCUGGUGUGCCCGUUAAAUCUUCUUUACGUCCUUCAGUUGCUUCAAAGAAUGAAAUGACCUCUUCAUGCUCUUCUCUAGAGAGCUGUGCCAGUGCUUCAUCUAGCGCUUCUCACAAGCCUUCUCUAAAUCCGAUAAAGAAGAAGAAUGAGUCAAGUUCCAGAUCAGCUUCACAGUCAUUGGCAAAUCGACCUACAUCUAGAGGUAUUAUGGGCCAACCGAGAAUCUCACCCCACCCAACCAAUAAGACAACCAAGUCCAAGCUUUCCUCUAGUGUACCAUCUGUUGGUUCUAUUAGUGACUGUUCAUCAGAGUCAUCUCGAGCUUCUACCACUAGUAACAUAGCUAACGGUAACCAGAAAUUGGUUUCUGGUGACAAGGGUCCUCCUGCAAAUGAUAAUUCAGUUCACACUGUGAAGCCUCUGAAGAACUCUAAAGAUGCAUCUGUUGCCCAAGCUGAUGCUAAAGAAGGAGCAAAACGAGUUUCAGCUAGCAACGGUGGUUCGGUUCCUCCAACUUCCAUGAAACCAUCAGGUCUUCGUGUGCCAUCACCAAAUAUCGGAUUCUUUGAUGGAGCUAGACAUGGAUCUGCAUCUGCCAAUAAGAAGUCUGGAAAGUCUCAACCCGCAAGGUCUCCAAUACAAGAGUCAUCAAAUGCAAAAACUAAGGCAAGUUCAAAGCUUGUCUCUGCCCCGUCUCCUAAACUGCCAAACAAAUUGUAUUCCAAAAUCAAUGCAGAAGAUCAACUCGAGGGAUGAUGAGAAUGAGAUGCUCAAUAGGUAUCCAUACAAUGAAGCUCUGAUUUUUUUUAAGUUUGUCUUUUAAAAGUAGGAAUUUCGCUGUAUGUUAGAUUUUUAUGUAAGCCCCCAUCCCCAAAAAGGCACAAAAAAAAAAAAACAGUAAUAUAUCAAAUUGUGCGUAAAGAAACUUGAGCUAGCAAGUUCUAGUAUUGAUAGUAAACAAAAUUAAUAUAAGCUUAUAAGAUAUUCGAUUUA